GGUGGGUCGUCGGGACUCGUGGGUUGCGAGACGCGAGCUGGCAGGUGAGCGGGGAGUCAGUGUUUACCUGGUCGGUGUGGCGUCAGCUCGCGCGUCCCCGUCCCCUCCAGCGUGACUUGCCCUCCUCCCUCGUGUCGCGUCGUGUCCGCCCAGUGAUGCACUCGAGUGGCAGCCCUAGGCCCCGGGUGUAGCCAGUGUAUUGUCGCCACGUAGAGACAUCCUCGUCCAACGAUUCAACCUUUGGGUCAGAGAGCGGCAAGUGAUCGUCCAUCAGAUCGGUCAGCACCGCCAGCCAUGCCGUCCUACUCCUACAAAGUCAACGAUCCCAUCAGCCCCAUUUCAUACAAGCAGCGGCCUGCAGCCACAACACCCGGGGGUGGCGGUGGCGAUGGUGACAGCCCGGCACGUAAUGGGACUGAACACACUCAACACACAAAUGGUCACACUGCCAAUGGCACAGAGGAACGCUGGAGGCAAAACUAUGUGCCAACACCCUACGACUCUUACAAGACAAAUGGAUCAGGAUCGACUCAGGCCCUGGAAGCAGAGUCUGGUGUGUCAAAGGAAGAAGGGCGAGGUCACUGGGGAUCCAAGGCAGAGUUCCUGCUCUCCUGCAUUGGUCUCUCUGUUGGUAUUGGAAACGUGUGGCGGUUCCCAUACCUUGCAUAUGAAAAUGGAGGAGCGGCAUUCCUGUUCCCCUAUAUCAUCCUGCUGGUGCUGAUUGGGAAGCCCAUGUACCUAAUGGAGACUGCGCUGGGCCAGUACAGUCAACUUGGUCCACUAAAUGUCUGGCGCUGUGCCCCCAUCAUGCAAGGUGUGGGUGUUGCCAUGGUGAUCCUCUCCCUCAUCACGGCCAUUUACUACAACCAGCUCAUGGCUUACACUCUGUACUACAUGUUUGCAAGCUUUGCUUCUGAGGUUCCAUGGGCAAAUUGUGAUCCGAAGUGGGCAGACUCCAAUUGCUUUACAGUAGGCGGUGUGUACUCGUGUGCAAGAUACAACCUGACCGGUCCGACUGACACCAUCAACUGCACCACCAAAAAUGAAUCUUCAGCAUCUCAGUUUUGGCAGAGAGGUGUCUUGCGUUUGGAAAAGGGUGGUCUUGGAGAAUUUGGCGAGAUUGGUGAAAUCCAGUGGGACCUGACCCUGUGUCUCCUUUUAUCAUGGGUGAUUGUGUUCCUCUGUCUGAUGAAGGGAGUCAAGUCCUCAGGAAAAGUUGUUUACUUCACUGCUACCUUCCCCUACAUCAUCCUCAUUGCACUACUAAUUGUCGGAGUGAGGCUUGAAGGAGCUAUGACGGGACUGAGAUUCUUAUUUGUGCCUCGCUGGAAUGAGCUCUUCAGUGUUCAGGUUUGGAGGAAGGCAGCUGAACAGAUGUUUUUCUCACUGUCUGUAUCAUGGGGUGGUCUGAUCAUGUUCGGCUCCUACAACAAGUUUAGAAAUAAGGUUCACAUUGAUGCAUUUAUUGUGUCAUCACUGGACUUUAUCACCUCACUCAUAGCCUCUGUGGCUAUCUUCUCUGUGCUGGGUGCCAUGUCUGAGGAGCUGGGCAUUGACAUCAGAAAUCUUGCUGCUAAAGGUCCAGGUUUGGCCUUCAUAGCCUACCCUGAAGCCAUCUCCCGCACACUGCCUCUCCCCCAGCUGUGGUCAGUCCUAUUCUUCUUCAUGCUGUUUACCCUCGGACUGGAUUCAGAAUUUGCUCUUUUGGAAACUGUAAUGACAGCCAUUUACGACACCUUCCCAAGGUCACGUAGCCACAAAUUAAAGGUCACAGGCUUGGUCUGCCUCUCCUGCUUCCUCCUGGCUAUACCACUCUGUGCCACAAUGGGCCAGUAUAUCUUUUCCCUGAUGGACACCUUUGGUGGGGGUGUUGGCGUGCUUCUUAUUGCUAUCUUUGAGUUGGUGGCGCUCCACUGGGUGUAUGGAGUGAGGCGUUUCAGUGAUGAUGUCGCAUUCAUGACUGGCUACAGCCCCUCCAUGUUCUGGAAAGUCUGCUGGGUCUUUAUAGCACCAGUGGCUCUCAUGGUCUUAUUUAUAUACUCUGCAAUUACAUGGGAAAACCCAACAUAUAAUGGCAUUGAGUAUCCAGACUGGGGAAUUGCUCUUGGAUGGUUCUUGGCAGCAAUAUCUGUUGGCAUGAUCCCACUGGUGUUUAUUCUCUAUUUCUUCAAGAUGCUUUUUACUGGGAAAAUUAGGAAUCUCUUCAAACCAGCCAGUGAUUGGGGACCAGGCUGUCCAGAGGCUCGGAGGGAACUGCUGGCGUCUCAGGCAACAUUCGACAUGAGUGAAACCAAGUUUGGCAUUGAUAAUCCAGCCAUGGAUACCAGAUAUUAUCCAGAGUAGUUGAAAAUAUAUUAAGUAUAUAAUGUAAAGCAAUACUUCACACCGUGUAAAUAUGUACUACGUAUAUAAUUAUUACUUCACAUAUGUAAUCUUUUUAUGACAUCUUGCCAUGAACUCUUCUUCAAUGCAAUUAUUUCAUUGAUUUAUAAUGUAAUUCACAGGAAACUACUUUUAUUGCAUCUUACUGCACUCAUUCACAUUUCAUGGAAGGUCCUUGUCUGAGAUCCUUGUAGCCAGUAUCUUGUCUUAGUUUAGUGAUUUACACACACACACACACACACACACACAAGUUCUCACAAGCUCAAUAAAAUGUGAACUUCGCA